ACUUUGGCUGACUAGAUUUCCUAGAUGACUCUUAACUCCGCAACGUCCCCAAGAUUCUCCCCACACGCACUCGUUUGCUUCUUCCUCUGCUCGACUUAUUUACUUCUCUCUAUCUCUCCCCAUCAUAUCUCUAAUUAUACGAGAACAGAAGAGAAAAGCCUGCAGGAUUCUUGGACCUUUCUCUUUGAGAAUUCCAGUUUUCAAAUUCCACACACCUACGAAAACAGGCUGAAAGCGGUGCUCAAGCUGGAUGUGUGCGACAACAAGGACAAGAGGAAGGCCAUGAAGAUAGUCUCUAGAUUUGCAGGGGUCAAGUCAGUCGAGAUAAACCUGAAGGACCAGAGGCUGGUGGUGACAAGAGAUAUUGAUGCUGUGGAGAUGAUGAGGAAACUGAAAUGGAUGUGUAAGACGGACAUAGUCCCAGUCUGACAGGCCAGCGAGGCUCAGAAGAAGGAUGACAACAAGAAAGACAAUAGGACAAGAAGAAGGACGGCGGUCAUUCUGUUGUUGUUGCUGUUGUUUUUAUUUUUAUUUUUUUCUUCAAAAGUAGUCGAUGUUGAGUGACAAUCGUUUUGCUAUUCCUCAAAAUAGCAAAAUACCUUCACUAUUUAAUUGAAUAUUUAUUACAAGUAUACACGCUUGUUAUAGGCUUGCUUCACCGA